AUGUACCGCAAACGCAACGGCUCCCUCGGCUUCUCCUUCACGCGCUUCGCCAACGCCGCGGUGCCCAACUUCUUCGCCGACCCCACGCCCUCCCACCACAUCGACCUGACAACCUACCGCCACGACAUGUGCUACGUGCACCAGAUCGCGUCUCCAAACCCGUACGCGUUGGACGAGCGAUCCUUCUACGUCGCCGGCGUGGUCGACUCGGAGAGCGUCUCCAAGCGCGUCCACUCGAAACUCAUGAGACAUGACAUCCUGCGCCGCGAGGACGGCAGCGUCGACACGUUCAAGAUCGGCCCGCGGUUCCCGCAUCAGCUCGCGCUGUUGAACCUCAACAGGCAGAAGGAUCUGGUGGGGAUGUUGUUCUGGUGGGAGGAGGAGUGUCAGCGGUUAAGGAAGUUGGAGGGGGAGGAAAAGGAGUUGGAUGGUUUGAUCGGGGAGGCGACGGCGGCGGCGGCGGGGGAUGUGGUGCCGAGUGCCACGGGGCAGGAAGGUGAUAGUCCGCAGAGGGAGAUGUCGGCGGACCUGAAGGCCACAUUGGACCAGUUGAAGUUCGCGCGGGAGAGAGUCCGGAUGAAGAGGAGGCAGAGGCCUAGUCAGCGGGAUCCCGACGUUGAGGCGGACAAGGACGAUAUCUUGGGGGCGUUCCAUGGACGGAGUAAGAGCUUGCCAAGCACUACUCUGGGUGUCGGUGUUGGUGACGGGGUCGAAGUCGGUGGCGGCAGUGGUGGGAACGGAGAAGUCGACCCGGCACAGCAGCAAGAGCGGCAGCAGCAGGAUCUGGGCAAACCGCCAGAGUAUUUCGCCAGUUCUUGA